AUGAUGGCACUUCUUUCAGCAACUUGGGUCGGAGGAGCAUAUAUCAACGGCACGGCAGAAGCGCUCUACAAUGGGGGUUUGCUGGGAUGCCAAGCGCCAGUCGGCUACGCCCUCUCUUUAGUGAUGGGCGGUUUGCUGUUUGCAAAGAAAAUGAGAGAAGAAGGAUAUGUCACAAUGCUCGAUCCCUUCCAGAUCAAAUAUGGUCAACGAGUAGGAGGUUUGAUGUUUCUUCCAGCUUUACUUGGUGAGGUAUUUUGGAGUGCAGCGAUUCUGUCAGCUCUCGGAGCAACGCUGUCAGUGAUUCUCCAAAUCGACAUGAACAUGUCUGUGGUGAUUUCUGCUCUCAUUGCCGUCUUCUACACUUUUACGGGCGGUCUAUACGCUGUUGCUUAUACGGACGUCGUGCAGUUGUUCUGCAUUUUCGUCGGUCUGGUAUGUCUCGUACUCAACUUAAUCAAUAGAAAACUCACUAAAAGGAAAAAGGAGUAG